AGUUGACUCGAAAUCAACUCGAUGCCCAACGGCAGGAGUGACAGGAGAUGCGAAGUGCUUGUCAAGUGUUGCGCGCCCGUUCGUCGUUCGAACUGCUGCAAGGGAGACAGUGAUGACGACGACGAUCAGUUCGAGCUGAAAGCCAAGAUAAGCAAAGAUGUGAAAGGAGACUCGAGCUUGAGCGACAGAGACCGUUCCGACGGGUCAGUCAGGACUGGUCCACAGAGCGCGCAUAAGUUGUCGGGGAAGCGGGACAAGGAGGUGGAGAGCGAAGGGGUACGACGCAUCCCAGCGCUGGAAGUUGCGCUAGCAACCCAUGUGGGGGAUGGAGGAAGAGAGGAGCAGUCCUCGGAGAGAUCAUUCGGAGAAGAUCUGGAAAUUUUCCCUCCUGACUUCAACAGUAUUAAGAUGGGACAAUUUAGAGGAAAGCUGCGCAAGGAGAAUCAGCAGAUGCGGUCUUCCUUCAAGGGAGGGAUCCAGGAGAUUCACGAUGAAGGAGCUCGAAGAGAAGGAGCGGCGGAGUU